UUACAAAAAUAAACUCGCUCGAAACAUAAUGAAUGAAAAAGGCGAUGACAGUGAUCAAAGUAUGGACUUUGAGGAAAUUAUAUUAGAAACAAAUAAUGACGAGAAUCGUUCAGAUGAUUUAUAUUUUGAUGUAAUUAUUGGGCAUAUUGAAGAUUUAGUAAUGGAUGAUAACUUUCAAUGUUUAACAAAUAACUUUUUGGAUAAAUAUUGGACAGAAUUUGAAGAUUUAGAUGAAAAUAAAUUCAUAUAUAUGGAUAUAUUCAAGGAGUAUGUGGAAACUGUUGAAAAUUAUAUUGAUACUCAUCUUACAAGUAAAAUUCAAGGAUUUUGUAUGGAAGAUUUUCUUAGACAACUUGAACAAAAAUAUGAUAAUUCAGAUUUGGAUAACGAACUAGAAGGAGAAAUAUUCGAAAUGCUCUUGACUUUUACAGAUUUCUUAAGAUUUAAACAAAUGUUUUUAGAUUAUAGAGCGAUGAAAGAAGGAAAAUAUGAUGGUUUUACUUCCGGUAUUUUAAUAACCAGUAUUAUACCAACUGCAUGUGAUAUUAAUGAAUUUGUGGCUUAAGAAUCAUAUUCGAAAUUAAUAAAAUUCAUUUUUAUUGUGUAAUU